AUGAAGCGCAGGGACAUCCAAGUCAUAUGCCUUCAGGAGACCAGCGGGAAGGGAGCGAAGGUCAGAGAAAUCGGAGAGGGUGUCAAACGCUUCCACAUCGGAGAAGACACCAAACGGAAUGGAGUGGCCAUAGCAGUGGCGGAGCCCUCGAAAGACUCUGUCUCCACCAUCAACAGGAUCAGCAGUCGAAUCAUAUCUGUGAGGAUAGACACGAAGGAGGGGUACUAUGCAACAUUAUCUGUGUACGCGAAUCAAGCCGACUGGCCCGUCUACCAAAAGGAUGAGUUCUACCUAUGCCUUGACGAGGCCAUCCGAUCAGUUCCGGAGGGGCACUAUCUCACCAUAGCAGGUGAUCUGAAUGGGCACAUUGGCAAUGAAAGGAGGGAGGCACAUGGAGGUAGAGGAGUAGGUGUCAGAAACGAAGAGAGAGAGAGGGUUCUUGCCUUAGCCAUAGCCCACGACAUGGCAGUCUGCAGCGCAUUCUUCGCGGAAAGGAAGUCCCAGAAGGUAAGCUACAGCAGUGAAGGGAAAGAAACGGAAAUAGAUCAUGUGCUAGUAAAACGAUCGUCCCCCAAAACUGUAAAGGACAUCCUGGCUCCACAGCACAAGUCUCUCCUAGCAGACAUAGCCAUCGAUCUUCCUAAGUAA